AUGUGUGACAGCAAAACUUCAUACGUACUGAAAGCCCAAAUUUAUACAGGAAAGGUGAGUGGAGCGGCACCAGAAAGAAAUCAGGGAAUGAGGGUGGUAUCUGAUCUCACUUCUGAGUUACGUGGUCAGAAUAUCACGUGUGACAACUUUUUUACGUCGUACAAUUUGGGGCAGCUGCUUCUGAAAAGGAAAUUGACUAUGUUGGGAACUAUACGGAAAAAUAAGCCGGAGCUUCCACACAAAAUGACCAACAAGGAGGUACACAGCUCUUCAUUUUACUUCACAAAUGACACUACUGUGGUUAAUUAUAUUCCUAAGAGACACAAGAAUGUUGUACUUAUGAGCACUCUCCACCAUGAUGCGGAAAUCAGUGACAGGGCUGAUAAGAAGCCAAAAAUGAUUUUGGACUAUAAUUCAACCAAAGGUGCUGUAGACACGCUUGAUCAGUUAUUAGGUACAUAUACAUGCAAACGAAAAAGUAAUAGGUGGCCAAUGAUAGUUUUCUACAAUAUUCUUGAUGUUUCUGCUUAUAAUGCAUACGUUUUGUGGAUUUCGGUUGACCCUAAUUGGAAUGCAAGCAAAUUGACUAGAAGGAGAAUAUUCUUGGAGGAACUUGGAAAGUCACUGAUAAAAGAACAUAUUGCAUCAAGAACGCAUUUCCCAAGAACAGAAGAUUCUUUGAGAAUGGUCACAAGCAUCCAAAACCCGAAUGAUGUGGGUGGUGUGUCAGAAUCGGUAACAACAAGAAAAUCUACAAAACGUGCACGCUGUAAGUUCUGUCCAUCAAGUAAUGACAAUAAAACAAACAUGGUGUGUGGAAAAUGUAGUAAACAUAUUUGCAAGAAACAUGUAACCUACUUGUGUCCACAGUGCAAGCAGUACUGGAAUAGAACAACAAUGUCGAUAGCUAAAACUGUACCAAAAUUUAUGUUUCUAAAGCAUUUUGAUAUGUCGGGUCAUAUUGACCCGAACAGUAUAUAUGUCAAGUAA